CCUGGUGUCUUGGCUACCGCUGCAAAGGACACAAUGCCUUUCCACGGUGCGGAGGACCUUUUGGUGUGCGUCUGAGAGCUGCAAACAGAUGCGGGAGCUUCGCUGGAGGACACACAUGUCGAGCAAACCGCGGACAUUGUGUCCGACAUGAAAGCAGCUAGUCCCCGCCGGACCAUGGGACUGACGGAGCUGCUGCUCGGACUGCUGUGGUUCCGCUCCGCUCUGCUCCGUGCAGCAGGCUGCAGUGAGCGGGUGGAGGUCCACACAGAGCGGAGGGGGGUCAUCUACAGCCCCUCGUGGCCUUUAAACUACCCAUCCAGAGUCAACUGCAGCUGGCAUAUCCAGGGAGGUCAGGGAGAGGUCAUUACCAUCAGUUUCCGUAAUUUUGACGUGACGGAGUCGGGGAGUUGUUUGGGAGACUGGCUCCUGCUGACACCCACCAGGAACGGGGAAUCCAGGCUGUGUGGCUCCAUGCUGCCUCCGCCCUUCAUCUCCACCAGGGGGCGUGUUUGGCUCUAUUUCCACUCUAAGGCCAACAGCUCCGGGCAGGCCCAGGGCUUUCGUCUCUCCUACAUCAGAGGUCACCUGGGUCAGAGCAGCUGUCAGUCGGACGAAUUCCUGUGUGGGAACGGGAAGUGUCUUCCUCGCUCCUGGAAGUGCAACGGUCAGGACGAGUGCGGCGACGCCACGGACGAACGCAGCUGCUCCCCCCCUCCCACCGAGGCCCGUCCCGGCCUCUGCCCCCUCGGCUCCCUUGCGUGCACCGAGGCCCAGUCCACCCGCUGCCUGCCGGCCACCCUGCGCUGCAACGGAGCCGGGGACUGUGCUGACGGCACAGACGAGCUGGGUUGCCCCGACACCGCCUGCGGCAAACGCCUGGGCAACUUCUACGGCUCCUUCGCUUCCCCAGAUUUCUUCCGGGCCAACAGGAGCGCUGUGGCGGAGCUGAGGUGCUCGUGGUCGCUGGACACCCAGGACCCCAAGCCCAUCGUGUUGCAGCUGGACCUGCAGCUGGGGCCCGGGGACUCGCUGCACGUCUACGAUGGCCUGCUGCAGCGUGCAGAGCACCUCUUACAGGUGCUGUCGUAUCAUAACAACAGGCGCCCGGCGCUGCUCGAGUCCAGUCGGGGACAGAUGAGUGUUCUGUACAUGGCCCAGCCUCACAGCCCGGGGCAUGGCUUCAACGCCACAUACCAGGUCAAAGGUUACUGUUUCCCCGGCGAGCGUCCCUGUGGCAGCGAUCAGGGCUGCUACUCUGAGCGCCAGCGCUGCGACGGCUACUGGCACUGCCCAUCCGGCCGCGACGAGGAGGCCUGCCCGACGUGCCCAGAUGGGGAUUUCCCCUGCGAGGGGGCCGCUGGCGUGUGCUACCCAGCCUCCGAGCGCUGCAACAACCAGAAGAGGUGCCCGGAUGGCUCGGACGAGAAGAACUGCUACGACUGCCAACCCGGAAACUUCCACUGCGGGACGAACCUGUGCAUCUUUGAGACGUGGCGCUGUGACGGCCAGGAGGACUGCUUGGACGGGAGCGACGAGAGGGGCUGCUUGGCAGCGGUGCCCAGGAAAGUGAUCACGGCCGCCCUGAUCGGCAGUCUGGUCUGCAGUCUCCUGCUGGUCAUUGCCCUCGGCUGUGCCCUCAAGCUCCACUCCCUCAGGAGCAGAGAGUACAGAGCCUUUGAGACUCAGAUGACUCGCAUGGAGGCAGAGUUUAUCCAGAGGGAGGCCCCCCCUUCGUAUGGUCAGUUAAUCGCCCAGGGUCUCAUCCCUCCGGUGGAGGAUUUCCCAGUGUACAACCCCACUCAGGCCUCCGUGUUACAGAACCUGCGGCUGGCGAUGCGCAGGCAGAUCAGACGUCACUCGACACGGCGCUCCACCUCCUCCUCCUCCUCUCGUCGCCGCCUCGGGCAUCUGUGGAGUCGCCUGUUCCACAGUGCAGGGCGGACCAGAGGCCACGCCCCCCUGCUCGACUCCCCCGGACCCGCGCAGAUCGCACUGGGGCUCCACAGCUACCGAACUGUGGGUGCGCAGGGGCCCCGGGCGAGGGCCAGGUCUGGAGCUAGGCGCGGGGUUGAGAUUGAUUUGGUGGGCAUGCCGGGCUACUGCUGCUCAGCCUCCAUGGACCCGCAGUCCUGCACGCCAGAGAGCCCUGCAUCACCGCUCUCCUCUCAGUCAAUGGACAGCCCAGAGGAGGAGGAACUGUCGCCCGUCAGCAGAGAACACAGCAGGGUGACACAGUCUGAGCCCCCCACCCCUGUUCAGAGUGACUCUUCAGAACAUAGCGGACCCCCUCCCACUCCACAGGAAGCCUAUGUACCCUCAUGUCCCACCAGGGCAUCUAGGAAACUGGUCCUGGAGCUUGCUGUAAACCUAAAGGGUGUUUCCUUGAGACGCUACUCCCCUUUGGGGCCAUUGUCCCCUAUCUCACCCCUUGUGUUUCCCAGCAGCUCCCAGACACCCACAACCCUACCGCACCCUCAGGGGCUCGAGGUGACUUCACCUUCUGAGCCCUCGAAAGCAGAGGACAGCAACAGCCACUUUACCGUGGAAGUGCCAAGCAGGGAAAUAAGAGGCAGGGAUGAGAGGAGGAGUGUAGGCAAGAGAAGGUUCUCCGGGUUCAGCAGGACCCUCAGCGACGAGGGAGGAGAUUCAGGGAGAGAGACAACGCCAUGCUGAAGAGUUUAGGAAGAUACUCUGUUGAGACCGGGCGUCAGCAAUAUUUGCUCUGCUAAAGUGUCCUUGAAAUGUGUCCCCACCAGGUCCAGAGGUGAGACCCGUCCCUCAGCCCUCCACAUGGAGCAAGUGCAGUAGAAUAUAUAAUUAGCUCAUGUCUGUUUGAGGGCAUGAAGAUCUGCAUAUGCAGUGUUCUGCUAAGAUGAAUAAAACCAGCGGAGGUAGUGCUUAUGGUCUGUGUUAUACAGUAAAUCUCCUUGUACAACAGGAGCCUAAUGUUGACUCCCACAAUUAAAUGCAAAAAGGUCUGUUUGAACGUAAACCCGUCGUGAGCCUGUCCCAGAAAAUCAAACUCAAUUCUGGCCACUAGUACCAAUACAAUAUUGGCAACGUGUUCUUAAAACGCCAAAGCAGCCUUUGUGUCAUUACCCAGAGCAAUUAUGCACCGCUAUAUACUGUGAACCAUAAAAGCCUGCUAAGUGAUCACAUAUUAAUUUACCUGAUUAAUAGUCCUCCCACUUUAUUGAAUGAGGUGUUGUUGUUAUUAUUAUUGUAUGACAUUUCUAGAAGGUCAUGGUUGGCUGUCGCAUUAAAGGAUAAAGCUGGUGAAAUGUUGUAUUUAUGUUAUUGUCAACGACUCAUAUGAUCCGGCCCAAACCAAUAUGAGUACGUCCACCUCUCAAUGCUUUCCGCCUUCAGCAGCCCGAUUAUAUGCCUUCCUGUUUAAAAGGCUAAAUCAGUUAAUUUGUUGGAGACUAUUUUCACAUGCAACAAAAGGCUGGAAUUGAACCGGGACAUUGCGGUUGUGUGACCUACGCCGUACCAAGCCGCUCCAGACAAUACUUGUUUGUAGGGUCAAUACGUUGUUGGUUUUGGUCUUUUCAUGGGGCUUGUUGACAGUAAGAACAUUUAAAAACAACACCAGACCUAUCGUUUAAACACAACUUUGAACCACAAAAGUUUGACAUUUUGGGAAAUACACUUUUUUGCUUUCUGGGUGAGAGUAAGAUGGAAAGAUCAUUACUACUCAAAUCCGGCCGUAAAAUAGGUCUACACCCAACAGCCGGUUAGCCUAGCUUAGCAAAAAGACUGGAAAGGGGAGAAACAUCUUGCCAUCUUGCAGCGAAUGAUUCUCAAAGCUGCUGGUGGUCAGUUGGUAACCUUCAGACAGAUCCAGGCUACCUGUUUCUACUUCGUGCUAAGCUAGGCUAACCAGCUGCUGGCUGUAGCCUUAUUUUUAAGGAUACAGGGGAGUGGUAUCUCAUUUCAUUCUUAGCCAAAGGACAAAAAAGGUAUUCCCCAAAAAUGUCAAACUAUUCCUUUAACAGUGCAGUGUCACUGAAUCAUUCAGCGGUUCGUUCAUGCCAAACCUUUGUCGGUAUUUGUUUAACAUAUACUGUGCGUGUCCAGUGCUAAUUGAGUGAUACUUCCCUUUUAAACAACCUUUUUAUUAUUUUUAAGGGUCGUUGUAUCAAAUAGAUUUUUUAAUUCAGCGUUUUUAACUUGAUGUAUCAUCAGAUUUAAAAAGCCACACUUGGGUGGAAACAGAGGUAGUGAGUCCAAGUACUGUACAUCGCCUGUAACUCUGCUCAGCCCCUCGUCCUCCUCAAGUCAAACCCAAACCGUCCUCCCGAGGAAGCCUUCCCUCACUUUGAAUGAACUUGACUGCGUCUGUGACUGCUCUGAUUUACAUUCAGUGCAAAGUGAAGAUUUUAUAUGAAUGUCGGGAAGAGAGGCUUCACUUCAGAAUAUUGAUUGUUGGUCGAGUCCUCCUCAUCCCAGCGGUACCUCUGCAGUACUGCUGACUGACUGCACACUGGUCACUGCAGACGCCCCGCCCGCUGGUUUAUUCCACUGGAAAUUCAUAUCUACUCUGUGGGAUUUUCUAUGACAGGACGUUAAAACAAAGGCCUCUAUUUUUCAGUCUUCAGUGGACACUACUGUACUAGUCCUACUUUAUAUUUCUCUCUCUGCCUUGACAAACAGUGAACUUGAUUGAACCCGAUUGCCUGUGUCUCUGAUGUUUUAUUGUAAAGCGUAUCUCUCUGAGGUGACCCUAAUAACCAUUUACUAAUUACUGCUGGACCUCUAAAGAAUGUAUCACUUUCAUUUUUCUUUGAAACUACGGAAGCCAAUAACGGCCAAGCUUGCAUUUAUUUCAGAAGUUGAUUAUUUUCGUUAUCUUGAGGAAACAAAGCCGGUUGAUAAUGGGUUCAUUUUUCAGGUUUUCUGGAAAACUAAAGGCAGAUCUUUGGAGGUAACAAGAUGAGUAGUUCAAAUAGUCAUCGUAGUCGGAUGUGGAAAGGAAAACAAGCUGCUGACAGUAGCCUAAUCAGCACCACAGAUGCCUGGACAGCUCCGCCUCAGGCUAACCAGGGUAAUAAAAUACUGCAAGCUUUAUACUGUGUCAAAGGAUAACCCAUGUAUGUUGACCCAGAAUAAAGUCACCCUUAAAAGACGAGGACUGAUCUGAACAGAAUGACGCGAUGCAAUAUUGUGCCUGUGUUAGACCUUGAUUGAAGUACGUUCAAAUAAUAACGGGUACACCUUGUCAGUAAAUCAGUUGCUACAGUUUGGCCAUCUGUGCAUACUGGCACGGCACUCCUGAUCUCUGAUAAACAUUAGAAGUCAUUUGUUUUCUCCUGAUAACUGUUUGAUUAUCUCAUGAAAGCUUGUUGUUUUUGAGAUAGCCAAAUAAUCAACUUGUGCUUUCGAGAUAACGGCAUUAAGAAAACAUAGUUGCAAGCGCGGCCGUCCUCGGCUUCCGUAUAUAAUCAGUGGAUGUCUCCCUCUUUCACUGCAGGACGUUGAUGCUGAUCAGAAAAGUCAGAAAAACUGUGCAAGUAGGUAUCAGAAUCCCACUGCAGGUUUUAAGCUGCAGUGUCUGGUCUCUGUAAAUACAUGGUCUCUCCUGCUGAUUCCCUUUUACGUGAGCCGAACGCUUCAUGCACCCUCAUGUGCUUUCUUCUUAUAGAAGUUUUGUCAUGAAUGUCUGCUACAUGUUAUGUGCCAUUAGAGAUGUCUCCACAAGUAAUACCUAAUGAUCUGCUGUUAUUCCAUUUCAAAUCGGUUUACUCAUUCCUAGCGUUACAUAUUAUGUGCUCUUUCUUUUCCUUGUACCUUGUUAUUUAAGUUCAACGCCUGUCCGUCCUCAUUUAACUUAAAGUUAAUUACGCAUCUGCAGAAUGUAUGUCCUUACUUGCUUUGUGAUGUGUUAAAAAUGCCUUUUCCCUUGCUGUUGUAAAUAUCAUGGACAGUCUCAUGGUCCACAGUUGUGGUUUACAUGUUUGAAGAGAUUCGAUUUGUGUGUCUGGAUACAGCUUUAUGAUAUGACAUGUGAUUGGUACGACCGACUGCUCUGGAGUUAAAGUGCACUACUGCAUCAGGAAUCUCUGGGAUUAUUAUGGCAGAGGAGUAAGGGACGAUUUGUUUUUCAAUAACCUCAUUCCAGUGUAUAUACCUGUUUUUAUGGUAAUCUAUAAAAGCCGAAAAUCAUUGCUGGUGAGGUAACAUAUACAAAUUUCAAAUGUUUUGUCUGUAAAGAGAGAUCUGUUACGGUAAUGUUUCAUUAUCUGUUGGCCAAGAUCAAGUGCUUCUGUCCUGGGUUCUACCGCUUUGUUAAAGUUGUGAUGAACUGCUGGGCAGAAGCAAAGUCAAGAUCUUAGAAAUAUUUCUUUUCCUUCGUUGCAUUUAAUCACCAUAAUGUAUAUUAUCAAACUUUUUCCAAUAAGCCCAAUCACUGUACUGUUCAAUGAGUUAUCACACAGGAAAAUACGCUGGAUCGAGGCCACUGAAAAGUAAAGUACUACUGAACCAGGUUGUCUGAUAAUGGCACACCCUCUACUUGCUGUUUGAUUUUUAAGCUUCUUCCCGGUCAGAGGCUGAAGUCAUUCUGUAUUCUGUGUUUGUAUGAAAGCAUUCCUCUUAUUUUAAGAACUAUAUUUGUAUAUUUUGUGCUGAAAGAGAAACGCCAUCAUGACGUCGUGGGGGUUGCUGAUACAAACCCGAUACAGCCUUUUGCUGAUCAGUCAUUGUUUUCCUGUGCCUGCAAUUAAUAAAUGUCAAGCUCUUUA